AGGUUAUGCCAUCUUCAAACGUUACCUUCAGCCCCAACAGCGCAGCUGACAUAACUGUAGGAAUAAUCCUGACGCUAUGUAUUGCCAUCGGUCUCCCAGCCAACAUGGUUGCUUUCACCCACUUCGCCCAGAAAAAGUCCCAUAACCCUAACUCCUCCUUCUUCACCCGGAUGUAUUGUGUAAUCAGCUUUAUUGACUGUCUUAUCUGUGUUAAACACUUCCCUGUUAUCCAGAGCAUGUUUAACCAGCGCGGCUCCUCAGACCCACCCUCAAACCCACCCUCAGACCCACCCUCAAUCCUCCUCUUCCACGACCACUACUUCUGCAGCAUCUGGUUCAUGGUCACAAUGUGUACUAUCAUGGUAUCUGUGUUUUGUAUCCUGAUGCUGUCCCUGUCGCGGUACAUCUCAUCAAGUACCCCCAGACCAAGCUGAGCCUGAAGUGGCUCUCACCCUGGGUGCUUCCCCUGCUCUGGGCCCUCAUUAUCAUUGUUGUCAUGUGCGGACUGGUGGCUGUAGACUUUGUUGCCAUCUUCUAUAACAAGAAUAAAGGCGUGUGCGUGAUGUAUGGAAGUGUGCCGGAGUUUAAUUUCACGAACAUAACAAACGAAACUGUGCUCACAAAGAAGAUGAUGGGGAGAGAUAUGAACAAGAAGAUAGCCUGGAGUUGUGCUUUGGCUGCUCCUAUGCCGUUUAUUAUGAUAUGUGUUGUUCUAUCACUCAGACAUCUUAAAAUGGCUCGAGUGAGAGCGUUAAACACGCGCGGGGGACACAAGGCCCACUCAAACGCCUCCACCACCGUCAUCAUAUUCACUCUCGUCUACGUUAUCUGUAACUUCCCCAUGUUGGGAUACCUCGGCUACCUCAAAUACCUCAUCUCAAAUACCAUGAGUGACUGGGACGACUGGAACAAGAACAGUGAGGCUAAACCACCCUAUGUUAACGAGUCAGCAGGAGAGGGCUACUACUACAUGUUGUAUUAUGAUCAUCUCUACAACGAUGUUUACUCCUCUUUUGAGCGAUAUUACGCGUGGAUUGCAGUGUUUGACGUGCCAACAGCACUGAACAGUAUGAUCAACCCUAUAAUAUACUACUGGCGAAUGAAGCCUUUCCGGGACUACAUCCACCACCGUAUACAAGAGAUGACGUCAUCACAUAACUCUGACCCCACGAAGAGUCGUAACAAUGAAAGUGGUAUGCCUAACAGAACUACAGCUACUCCUAAACUUUCAGUUAAUACGACACGGAAGGGGGUUCAGAGUAUCGGCACACCUAACAGUUGCAGAGGGAUGGGGCCCGAUACUGCGAACAGAGCGGCCAGGAAAAGGGACAUUUCUUUAGAGAGAUCGGAUGAUAUUGUUGGAGAUAGCUGUGGCAAUGUUUGAAAAAUGCUGUUUUUGCUGUGAAUAUGUUCUUAUUGGCUAGUAAACCAAUGUUAGAUUGUGAUUAAUAUUUGUGAUUAAAUGCAGUACAACGAUAGGAAAUCCUGCUAGAAUGCCCCAAAUUUUAUGAACCAAUAUUUUUGAUUUGCUGAUUUGCUAUUUAGUUUUUUCAAUCU